GCUUAAAUAAGCAAGUUUAAAUGCUUCUAGAUUAUUUCCGGAUUCGGCCAUGCCUGGAACCUCAAGAACCUUCAUCGAUUCCGUCUUUGAUAACUGUCGUCCAGCUUCAACUCUCGUUCCUUGUCGUUCUCUUCAACGCCAGUCUCAAUUCUCUUGUCUGUUGUUUCUAGCUCCUGCACCCAGUACAGCCAUGCUCCUGGACUCUGGGCAGCCUAGACUCUACGUCUAAUAGCUAUCAUCAUCCCGCCCUUUUGGCCGUGUCCGCCUAGACCCACCCACCCAUCUUCCUAUAUUUAAUAUCGCCGCAUUCCGUCCCAACACGGUUUCUCGCCUCCUGUAGCCGCCCAUGACUCCACGAGCCCACUGCCUUAUCCAAUCGUGGGAAAUAAAAAGGACCCGUAACCGCUCCGAGGCGCUGAGGCAAUUUAUUUUAGUUCUCCUAUAUAAAGCCUUCAACCCCAGUCUUUCCCUUUAAACCUAAACUACGGCCCUGAAAGGUUGACCUCCCCCCCCGUAUCAUUCGUGCGAGUAUAUAACUAUCGCAGCCAUUUCAUAUCCCCCUACAGCUAUGUUCGAAGACUUUUCAUUCUCCUCCCCUCGAAGGAAAAAUCGGGACUCGUUGAUACCUAGUUACGAUGAAGACAUGGUGAUUGCCUGCGAGGACCACCUGAUCUCGCCUUUUUCAUCUCGUUCUCCCUCACCCGUUCCGCGUUGUCGAAACUCGAAAGACCAUCCUCUACUUCCUAGACAUUCACGUCAGCCUUUCCAACUUGGGCCUGCUCCUACAUCGAUUCCAUAUAAUUAUGGCGACAGGCAUGGACUUUCGAUCCGCACUUUAACAAAGAAACUGAAUGCUCAGACCUUGGAUAAUGAUGCAAACAGUGAUAGUGAUGUAGGACCAGCUCUUCCAAUUACGCCUCCUCGUAGUGCUCAUACCGAUGUGCCCGCAAUUUGGUUGGAAAGUGAACCUUUAAGUCCACCAUACCGGGAACAUGAUGAUAAUUCGUCUUGGACUGGGCCGUCACCUACUUCAACACCGAGGUUUAUUGAGUCCCGCCGUACCUCGCAUUCUGAAGCGGACAACUUACCAUAUGCUCACUACGCGUCUAUCACGACUCAAGAUAAGGAGCAAUUUUCUUCUCUCCGCCAGCAUCGAGAAAACCUCUCCCUUCUACAAUGUACCGCAAAAACAGUAGCGGAAACCGUUAGAAUCGCACUUCUACUUGAAGAGAGUGAUCGAUUAUCCUUCGACGAAAUCGAUGAAGACAGGCAUCCGAGUUCGCUCUCCCAUCUCCCAGCUUCUCGAAAUCCCACCUCCCUUAUCAAUAACCACAGCCGAAAUCCCACACGCCGUUCCUCCACAUCCACAGAGCCUGCAUUGAAAUCUAAACUCUCAAUUAGCAACACCUACAGAGUUGAUAAAUCGCGCCAUUCUCCACGGAACUCUAGUCAUACCAGUGAUUUCCGCAUAAUAGAGAAAUCAUCGCGGGGGUUGCGACGGAGGAGUUUGGUGCUAGCUGCCGUUACUGCAAUGGUACAGGCAGAGGCUUUAGAGAAGGGGCAAAGGGAUCGGGAACUUCGAGAUAUUCAAAGGGAAAGCUCGCGAGCCGUGAGUUCCGAUUUCCUGCAUUCUCUUAGCGGAAGAUUAAAAGAUUCCACAACUGCAAAUUCCUCUUGAGAAUUUGAUCAGAUACAAAUGGAAAGAACAGGACACGGGGCAGUUGGAGACACUGAUAUCUUGCUACAUGAUGAUUUUACGCUCCGGGCAUAUCAAUCAGGAUAAUGCACUCGUAUCGAUUCACAACCAGCCAGACGGCCCACUCUUUGAUAUUUUUCCUUUUGUCUCAUAUUUCCUCCCCGUCCCAUCCUCCAAUAUCACCCACCUACUGGUCCAUUACCACUUCUUUUCUUUGUAUAAUCUCCUUGUUACUUUUCUGUUUUUGCUUCCACUUUUAUUUUCGUCGUCUUCAUUCUUGGCUUGUUAUAUACCCCCCACAGUCAGUUUAUUAUCCUACUUUUUUGACAAUUUCCAUGUGUGCAAACACCGCCAUAUCAGAAUUUGAUAUACCUAUUUAAAAUACUGUCUUUCAUUAAACUGGUCUAGGUUAGACUAACAGGCGCCACACUAAGCUGUUGAUAGGCGAGUAUGGCAGUUGCUGAGGAUUUUGAUAUUAGUGUCUUCGCAGAUUACAAACGGCGUUUCCUUUCUGUCAACUGGAGGCUUCUAGGUAAUUACUCUUGUUUUUGAAAUAGCUACUAUACUUUAUCGGUGAGGAAAGGCUACACGACAUGUCAUCGGCGGUUUUCCUUUUCCUUUUUUUCCCCUUUCUUAUUUGUGGUACAAGCGUCUUGCCUCUCUCUUAGUACAUUUAUAUUUCCUUUAUUUCUUCUGUACUUUCCGUUCUCCUGGUAAUUAUAGCAACAUGCCUAAGCGCCUAAGUCUUGAGGAAAAUUCUUGCUGAAAAUUUAAUAUCCAACUCAUCUUUCCUCUGGGGAUUACAGACGUUCAGGCAAAACCCAGCGAAUAUACCACAGUAAACAAUAAUAAUCAGGCACAGCAAAACCCUUUUAAGUCACAUCAUGAAAACAGGUAUUGAAAUGAUUUGCUUUCUCCGCUAACGACUGAUUUGCUAAAUUAUAUCCAUACAUAGCUCAUUUCUCUUAGAAAUAACAAACGGAAAACCAACCAACAAGUCUCACCUAACUGUGUAAACUCUAAAAAGAAGAAAUAAAACGCGAGAAGAAGCAUCUAGAAGCUUUGUACAUACAUACCAUACCAUAUAAAAUGGUAAGGGAAAAAGUGGUACUAAAAGCCUCGACU